AUGGAUGAGAAGGCAGGAUAUGAGGUCUCCAAUGAUGGUAUCCUUUUGAAAAGGAGCCAUGUGAAGAUGCAUUGUACCAAAUGCAAGAAGGAAGGCCACAACAAAAGAAAAUGCCCUGAAGAUCCUGCUGUUAGGGAGAGAUUGGCCAAUCCAAAGAAAAGAGUUAGGGUAAAGGUUAAGAAACCUACAAACACUGAAGCUACACAGUCUGAAACUGCACAACAAACAAGGCAAAUGGUGGUUCCUACACUGCCUGAUGCAACACUUGAAGAUGAAGAUGAUAAUUGGUUGGCAAACAUUGAUAUUGAUGCAGUGGUGUCUCAAGUGCUUCAAAACCAAACAUUGCAACUACAAGUGAAUGCUGAGGAAAUACCAAUUACUAGUCAGCCACUAACUCUUGGAGAAGAAGAAGAUAGCCAACAAGUGAGUCAACCAACAAAGAAGAAGCUGCAAGCCAAUGCAAGUCAAGGAAGGAAAUAUAACACUCGUGGCAAGAUGAAAUCAAAAUUCAAAAACACAAGUGAUGAUCCUAUAAGCAUUGAUUAA